ACUCAUUCUGCCUCAGGAUGGCUGCAGCUGAAGCUAACUCAGGGAGUCCAAUGUGAGCCAGAGUACAACUUCAAGUUUCCACCACUAGCUGCUGAAUCUGCACUGUACCUGAGGUACUCUUAACCUACAGACUGCAGUCCCCCUGCAGGAGGAGGUUCAACUUUGCUCUGAAGAUCUGGUGCCAAAUUGAAACUCUACCUGGAAACAAUCGAAAACUAUCUUACUUACUAAGUCCAUCAUUGUCUCUCUUUCUCGGUUUCUGUAUCUCCCUCUUUUUUCUUCAAUUUCUUUAUAAUUUUUUUGCCUUGAGCAGUUCUCUAAUACUUGGAUACUCGAGGCUUCAAGACUUGUGGGGGAAGACGCGGUGCUUGUGAUGUCUCCCUCGUUGCUCUGGCUUCUGCUGCUGUGUGGGCUCCAGAGGAUCUGGGCUCAGGACUAUGAUGAAGACUAUGAGGAGGAGGUGGACACCAGAACCAAGAGCAAACUACUGACAACCAACACCAUCUCCAAAAAUGGACAGUCUCUUCUGGACGAGGACUGCAGCCUGGAGCUGGCCUUCCUGGUGGACAGCUCAGAGAGUGCAAAGGAAAACCACGCCAAGGAGAAGCGCUUUGCCUCCGACGUGAUGGACCGCCUGCAGGGUGUCCGUCUGCAGACUGGGCGUGGCCUCAGCUCCAGGGCCGCCCUCCUGCAGUACAGCAGCCACGUCAUCAUCGAACAGACCUUCAAGCAGUGGAGGGGCACGGCGGAUUUCAAGGCCCGCAUCGCGCCCAUCGCCUACAUUGGCCAUGGCACCUACACCACCUAUGCCAUCACCAACCUCACCCGGAUCUACCUGGAGGAGUCGGGACCAGCGAGCAUCAAGGUGGCUAUACUGAUGACAGACGGCAUCUCGCAUCCCAGGAACCCGGAUAUCUUUGCGGCCGUGGCUGACGCCAAGAACCAGGGCGUCCGCUUCUUCACAGUGGGAAUCACUCCAGAUGCCAACCAGGACUCCAAUGUAGCCCAGCUGAGGCUCAUUGCCAACUCCCCCGCCUCGCGCUAUCUCCAUAACCUGCAGGACAAGACCAUUGUGGACAAGGUCAUCAAAGAAAUUACGGCGUUGGCAGAUGAAGGGUGUCCCUUGGAAAAGAAGUGUGCGUGUGAGAAGGGAGAGAGAGGACCGGGUGGCCCCGCAGGUAAAAAGGGUCGGCCUGGAGAAGAUGGAAGUCCAGGGGGGAAAGGACAAAAGGGCGAGGGUGGGCUCAGUGGACUUCCAGGUCGGGAGGGCUCAGAGGGAAAACCAGGCUACAAGGGAGAUACGGGGGAAAGAGGAGAAUGUGGCACACCUGGCAUCAAAGGAGACAGGGGUCCCGAAGGUCCAGUUGGUACGAGAGGAAUUCGAGGUCUACAGGGGUUACCUGGACCUAAUGGUGACAUAGGACCUGAGGGCCCUACAGGGAAAAAAGGUGAAAGGGGGAUUCCAGGGCCAUCUGGAAUUCAAGGGGAAACUGGGAUUGGCCUACCAGGACCAAAGGGGGAUGUUGGUUUCCAGGGACGACACGGGCCUCCAGGACCACCUGGUUUAGGGGAGCCAGGCCUCCCGGGCCCUCAAGGGCCACAGGGAGUUCAAGGAGAGAAAGGCCCCAUAGGCGAAGGGUUCCCUGGACCAAAGGGGGAACGGGGUCUGGAUGGGCAAAGAGGAACUAGAGGAAUGCCUGGUAUUGGAAUCAAGGGAGACAAGGGUGACUUUGGACCUCCUGGCUUUCCAGGUCCCUCUGGCCUGACAGGAGCUGGCAUUCAAGGAGAAAAGGGUGUAGAAGGGCCACGAGGUCCACCAGGGAUCAGAGGCCCACAAGGGGAAGGAUUUCCUGGAUCUAAGGGUGACCAGGGCUUGCCUGGUGAAGUAGGAGCAACAGGAGACAGAGGGGCUGGCGAACCUGGGCCAAAGGGAGAACCAGGGUCAUCAGGAUUGGCUGGUUUCCCUGGACUUCCAGGAGAGGAUGGCGCCCCAGGGCAGAAGGGUGAGCCAGGUGCUUUUGGUCUGAGAGGGCCUGACGGAGCUCCUGGGAUUGGCACCCAGGGAGAGAAGGGAGACCAGGGUCAGAGGGGUAUACGAGGCUUGGCAGGACCUCCAGGCAUUGCCGGGCCCUCUGGGGCAAAGGGGGAACCUGGGACACCAGGUCGACUUGGUCUACCAGGAUUUCCUGGGCGGGGCAUCUUAGGGCCCAAGGGGGAUUCAGGGCCACCUGGUCCAUCCGGACCAGUUGGGGAGACAGGUUAUGGCCUUCCUGGUCCUAAGGGUGAUCGUGGUGAUUCAGGUCCAUCUGGUCCAUUUGGGCCCAAAGGGGAGGGCUAUCCUGGCCCUACAGGUCCCCCUGGCCUGCCUGGGCUUACUGGAGAACCAGGCCUGGAGGGACUGGGGAUUCCCGGACCAAAGGGAGAUGUUGGGUUCAGAGGGUUGCCAGGUUUGCCCGGACCGCCAGGUGAGGGUCUCCAAGGACCACCGGGCACCAUUGGAAGACCAGGACCACCAGGCCCUACAGGGCCUGCAGGACAGGGGUUACAAGGGCCUAAGGGUGAGCAGGGCUCCCAGGGAGUUACAGGUCCAAGGGGACCUCAGGGAGAAGGAUUCCCAGGGGUUAAGGGUGACCGUGGCUCUGGAGGGGAGAGGGGGUUGAAAGGGGUUAGAGGUGACAUGGGCGAUCCAGGACUCACUGGUGAAGCAGGACGGCCGGGGGUCAAAGGUGAAGCGGGCCUCACUAGAGAAGACAUCAUUCGAAUGAUCAAGGAGAUUUGUGGUUGUGGUAUCAAGUGCAAGGAGAGGCCCAUGGAGCUGGUGUUUGUGAUCGACAGCUCAGAGAGCGUGGGCCCGGAGAACUUUGAGAUCAUCAAGGACUUUGUGACGGCGCUGGUGGACCGGGUCACCGUGGGCCGAAACGCAACCAGAAUCGGCCUGGUCCUUUACAGCCUGGAGGUCAAGCUGGAGUUUAACCUGGCCCGCCACAUUAACAAACAAGACGUGAAGCAGGCCAUCAGGAACAUCCCCUAUAUGGGAGAGGGGACCUACACAGGCACUGCCAUCCGCAAGGCCACCCAGGAAGCUUUCUUCAGCUCUCGCACUGGGGUCAGCAAGGUGGCCAUUGUCAUCACAGACGGACAGACGGACAAGCGAGAGCCUGUGAAGUUAGACAUCGCCGUGCGGGAGGCGCACGCCGCCAACAUCGAGAUGUACGCUUUGGGGAUCGUGAACACGUCAGACAUAACGCAGGUGGAGUUUCUGAGGGAGCUAAACCUGAUCGCAUCAGACCCUGAUGAAGAGCACAUGUUCCUCAUUGACGACUUCAACACUCUCCCAGCUCUGGAAUCCAAACUGGUCAGCCAGUUCUGUGAGGACGAACGUGGCGAGCUGAUAUACAACCGUAUCACUAACGGUUACGGAAACAACGGCUACAAGAACAACUUAAAUGGAAAAUAUUCCACUGGUAGCUAUGGUUACGGGACCACCAACCAGGGGGGAAUCCAAACUGGGCAGAGGACUGUCAACAGUGUUGGCAGCGGUGGCCAGAGCUAUGGAGGGAGAGAAGGGACAUCCCAAACUAUUAACUCUGCCACAGAUCAGGUUGGGCAGCGGGAGAGAGGACAGGAUGUGGGUGUCGUGACCUCUGACCUGGAGACUGCUGGCAGGGACACAUAUAACCUCAACACCUCAUCCUCUUCCAGACCUGGGAUUCCGAGUAGGGAGACAUUGACAGGAGGUUCAUCCUCCACAUCAACCUCAUCUUCAUCCUCAGGAACAGUCCAGUAUGUGCCAGCACCACGGCCAGCUCUUCCCCAAGAGUUUGUACCCCUGGACCCUCGUUGUGCCCUGAUCCUGGACCAGGGUCCAUGCCGAGACUACAACAUCCGCUGGUACUAUGACAAACAGGCCAACGCCUGCGCCCAGUUUUGGUAUGGGGGCUGUGAAGGCAACAAGAAUCGCUUUGACACGGAGGAAGAGUGCAAGAGAAUGUGUGUACUAGCCAGAGCCACAGGUACCUAAAGGUGCAUUUCCCUUCACCAGCAUCUUAGCGUACAAUUAGUGUCUGUUUAGGAUUUUAAUAUUCAUCAUGUAUUAAAUGUAUUUUUUACUUGAUUUUUUAAUAAUUUUUCAUAGCUGGCUAAAAGAGAGCUUCUACUAACGCCUGUUUGUUGUUGUCAUGUUGAUUGUGGUUGAAGUUAGCCUAAAGCUCAGUCAGUAUGGCGAGAGGUGGAGCACACCUGUAAUAUUGGACUGUUCCACCUUUGUCAUUCUCUAAACCUGAAAUUACUCUCCUCCCAACUUCUAGCACUUACUGUCCUGUCACUGCUCUCAUUCAUGUACAGCCAUGGCCAAAAGUAUUGGGAGCGACAUACAUUUUGUGUUUGG